UGUUACUCCAGCAUGAGUGUGAAGCUGAUCCGUCCGGCAGGAGCGUAGAGGGGCCAAGAUGGGCAACAACCACACUGCGGACCGCCACGGUGCCGUUAUCGACGACCACACACUCGACUUCCUCCACAAAGCCGACAGAGAUGCCCUCCACACGUAUGCAAACCACACACGAAUCAGUGAGGGAGGGGGAGUGGCAGUUGACAGCUGUGUGUGUGUUUGGGUGUGUUGUGCCAUCUGUGUAUGUGUGCAGCCGGUCGGAGGUCGGCAGCCUCAGAGUCACGGCCCGUUUCCUCUAUGAAGUCGACUUCUCGGCCGCCGUCCUGAGCAGUCGACUCAAUCGCUGCCUGGCGGCCAAGGGACUGCACGCCAUCAUCGCAUUCGACGGUCAGCUGGACCGCCCUCUGCUGCUGAAGGCCAUCUGGCUGGUGGACACACAGCAGUGGACCGAGGUGGCCAAUGCGCUGAAGUUGGCGAGGCAGAGGGGCUUCUGUCAGCUGCCCAUCACACUCUCUGUGGCCGACCUGGAGCGACACGGUAGCAAACAGGUGGGCAGAUGAGCGUGGGGCGGGGUAGGUGGCACUCAUCGAUCUGUCUGUCUGUCUGUGUAGGCGUAUUUGGCCGAUGUGCGUGUGAUUGCGUUGUGGAACAUGCUCGGCCGGCACGUCGACUUCGGCGGUGACUACGGCCGUUUUGAGCUGUUCGACCAGCCGGGCGGCGGUGUGCGUGCCCUCAAGGACGAGCCGGGCUUCGAGCUGGACAUCAACCCGCCCCUCCCCCCCGCCCACCCGUACCACACACACAUCAUCAACGACAACCCCCCCGUCAGAUGCACAAUCCGCCGGCAGGGGGGCAGCAGCUGGACGGCCGAUGGUGAGGAGAUCACUAAUGCCUCGGCGUCGGCGUUCAUCAUGAGGAGCAUCUUGGCGGACCCUCCACUGGCCAAUUUGGGCAUGACUCAAUUGGUUUGGGUGGAUCGGUACGCAGGGCAGACCACACUCAGGCAGACACACAUCCAUCCAUCCAUCCAUCAGGGCCUCUCCCCUCUGUUAUGUGUUGGUCUCCUCAGGCGUGCUCACGGCGGUAUGCUGGACGGCCUCCUCAACCAGUCGCCCCACCAGCCCCCAACGGAUGCACCGCCGUCGUGGCGAGCAGGGGUGACGGCGUGGAUCCUCCUAUGGAGACUCGGCGGCUGCUGCUGACGCCGUUCGACGGCCCAUUCGUCGCGUGUGUCACUCUCAUCACCUGGGCCGGCACGACCAUGGGUAAGAAAGGGAACAGAGUUGUUUUGCUGAUUGAGCCGUUUUCUGACGUGUGCUGUGUCGCUGAAGGAGUGGGUGUUGCUGUUGUCACCCACGAGCCGCCAGUAGGUGAUGCAUCGGCUGCCUUCAAGGACCGCCGUCCGGCCACCGCCCCUCUGGUGGGCGGCGCGCUGGGCAGCACCAUCGCAGACAUGGUGGUCAACCAACAGGAGACAGUCGCUGAUGCGGGUGAAUGUGCAGUCGCCGCCUCCACCUCGGUGUGUCUGUCGGAUGAAUCGGCGUGUGUGUGGUUCGCAGAUGAGGGUGCGGGUGGCGACGAUGGCGAUGGUGGUGAGGGUAAGUGGUCUGUGUGCGGUGCCCAGCCCGCCUUGCUAGGUGUCAUACUCGUGUGUAUGUGUGUGUGUGCAGAGGAUGAUGAUGACAGUGACGAUGACGGCGACAGCGAUGAGGGUGAGUGGAAUACAUGUGUUUGUGUGUGUGUGGUUGGGCCCAUUUGUAUGUUUGCGUGUCUUGAGUGCGCAGAUGUAGAUGGCGACAUCGACGGAGAGGGCAAUGGCGAUGGCCGCCAGCAGCAGCAGCAGCAUCAGCAUGAUGAAGAGGGUGAGAUGGGGAAAGGGGAUGACCUAGAUCAGAGCAACAUACACGCACUCAUUGUGUGCGUCAUGGCCAUCUUUGAUGUAUGCAGGUUGAUCGACUGCGACACUGGUCGGUGGGGUAGGUGGUGGACGGAUGGAUGGAUGGAGGAUGGACAGGAGGCCGGGCGUAGCGUAUGCAAUGCACACAGCCAGCUCAGCUGCCUCAUAUGACAUGAUGCCGAUCGAAUCCAUGCGGUUUUGCAGCGGACAGACAGACAGACGUGCAUGCAAUGCAUUCAUUGAUGUGUCCAUGCGUUCUUGACGGUGAAGCUAAGCUGCUUUCUUUCC